AUGACGAGCAAAGCACAGAAAAGGAGACACUUCCUCUUCAGAAAAGGAGACACAAAAUAUCAAACGCAACAGCGAACCAGCAGCAGCAGCAACAGCAGCAGUUACAGCAGCAGCAGAAGCAACAACAGCAGCAACAAGAAUAUCAGCAGCAACAGCAGCAACAAGAACAGCAACAGCAGCAGCACCACCACCAGCAACAGCAGCAGCAGCAACAGCAGCAGCAGCAGCAACAACACUAGCAGCAGCAGCAACACCAGCACCACCACCAGCAACAGCAGCACCACCACCAGCAAUAGCAGCACCAGCAGCAGCAGCAACAACACCAGCAGCAGCAGCAGCAGCAACAACACCAGCAGCAGCAGCAGCAGCACCAGCAGCAGCAGCAGCAGCAGCAGCAGCAAAAAGAUUGUCUAA